AUGCUUCUCCAACUUCCAGACGAAAUACUUUGGCACAUCUCCAGGGAACUGGAAGACCAACAUGACCGCCUCCAUCUGGCCACCUCAUGCCAACGGCUCUAUGGCACGCUGCGCUCAACCAUCUUCUGGGAGGUCGCACUAUGCACUUAUCUACCGGAAAGUCUAGACGAAAUCGAUCAAGUGUGCCAGUUCUUGUACACUAUCGUCCGAGACCCUAAGCUAGCAAGCAUGGUGCACGUGCUAGACCUAGGAUGCUGGCAAACCAAGAGCACCCGUGACGAUGAGGGUUCUCCCGACGACUUUGACUUUGACCGUGAUCUCAUGGAGAACCUCGUUCGCGAAGCGACCAGUGACGGGGACUACCGAGAGCAAUGGCUUGAGGAUCUCGCAGCCGGAGUCACAGAUGCCUGGCUCGCGCUGCUCAUCCCUAGGCUGACCAACCUGUGCGAAAUUAGCUUUGUCUGGCCUUCCGGCGCGGACUAUUUCCCUGCCAUGCGGUAUCUAGGCGGCUUCCGGGUAUAUGAAUCAUCCAUUGACGAAGAUAGAGGGGAAGAUGAUGAACUCGACAAAAAGCUCUCGGUCAAGAUUGAUCCUGGUAGUUCAAGUAUUACCGACAUCGUCGUGAAAGUGUGCGACGCGGCCGACGGAAUGCACGCCUGGAUACGAGGCUGUAAGGCGCUGACAUCCUUCCGGUUAACUAUGGACAGCUUAGUCUCAUAUGCGCCGCCUAACAAGCGAAAGCUUUACAAGGCUCUUUCCGUCCAUAAGGCGGUUUUGGAGGCGAUCUCGAUAAGCAACGUCCCGGAUAGUAUUGAGGACGAAAGCACAGACUCGUUUAUGGGGCCCUUUGCAGACUUUAGUGCUUUGAAGGUUCUACACGUCGCCUGCGCAGAUAUCGUAGGCUUGGAUAAUGAGAAAAGACCGAUGCGGAGCCUAUCGGAUGUGCUCCCCUCCUCGCUAGAGACGUUAUCCCUCUGCGUCUUGGAUGGAGAUUUGUUUGGGUGGGUGAUCAAGCAAUGCGAACUCUUACUGGAUUCAAAUGUCUGCCCGCAGCUUGAGAGUAUCCGGCUCGAAAGCAGGGCCAUCAGUGAUCCCACAGAGGCCCUCAAGGCGAAGGAGCUGAAGCGUCGAUGUCAAGAUGAAGGUAUCUCAUUCCGGACAUUUGAUGUUGAAAGAUGGGAGGUGGAAAGAAAGGUGAUGCGUUACUGGGACUCCGUUUGGCCUAUCGAUCACGUAUUCGAUCUAUAG